AGAAAAGCACGUACACCCUCCAGCGCGCACGCAGACUUUUACCUGUCAACACCUUUCCUUUAUCCGUUUUUAUCAUAGCCUUUUUGGAACCGAUUUGAUACGUUUUCCAUAUUUUAGCUCCGGACCUGUAUUUUGAUCAAAUCACGACACCUGUUGUACAUUACCGAGGAAAACUUCAGUAGUCAUGCGGUCCUGCGUCUUCUUACGUUCGGCUGCCGGCGCUGCGGCAGGUGCGUCCCUCGCCGCCUUGAAGGUGCUCCUCCAAGACGAGUGUGUGCUGCGCUACGACACCGCUUCGCAAGUGGCCGUUCUUUCAAUGGAGCGCCACUCCCGCAAGAACGCGAUUGGCGUCAACUUUCUCUCCUGCAUUCAGAAAGUCAUUGACGUGUGCAACGCCGGCGCGCCGUGUGCUGCGGCUGGACGGCCUGCGGACGCCGUUCCGGUGCGCUGCCUCAUAGUGACGAGUGCCGUGCCCAAGGUGUUCUGCGCUGGGGCGGACCUGAAGGAGCGAAAAGAUAUGUCCGUCACGCAAUCCCGCGAGUUUGUGCAGCGUGUCCGGCACACCUUCAACAACCUGGAGGACCUGCCCAUCCCGACCAUUGCGGCGAUCGAGGGCAAAGCGCUCGGCGGCGGUAUGGAGCUGGCCCUGGCGCUGGACAUGCGCGUUGCGGGCGAUGGGGCAGCUGUCGGAUUCCCAGAGACGGGGCUGGCGAUUAUUCCCGGUGCUGGCGGCACCGUACGCGCGCCUGCCGUGCUGGGCGUUAGCCGUGCACUGGAGCUGAUCUUGACCGCGGAGCAGGUCUCGGCGCAGCGAGCGCUGGAGCUAGGUCUUGUGAACCGCGUGGUGCCGGCCGGGUCGGCGCUGGACGCCGCCUUCGACCUGGCGCUGCGGAUCGCAAAGAACGGCCCGCUUGGCGUGUGUGCCGCGAAGAAGGCGGUGCGCGCGUCUCUGGGCAAGACGCGCGCGGAGGCGAUGAAGGUAGAGGCUGAGCAGUAUGACGUAGUGCUGGCCACCGAAGACCGCCUUGAGGGCCUCAAAGCCUUCGCGGAGCACCGCCCACCGGCGUACGAGGGGAAGUGA